AUGAUGAUCGAAAAGAAUACAGAUACAGACUCGCCGCAGAGAGAAGCUGAGAUGGGCGUUGAGCAAACGGUGGACGUCUCUCCCAAUGUCAGUCCCAGAAGUCACAUUGCUCCCUGGAGAUGGGUCACCACAUGCAUUGCAUUAUACUUGGGAGCUCUUCUGUAUGGCCUCGACACAACCAUUGCGGCAGAUGUCCAAGCACAAGUCUAUGAAGACUUGGGUCAUAUCGACAAUCUACAAUGGGUUGGCCUUGGCUUUCCCAUGGCAUCGGCCGCAACAAUCCUGACGUUGACCCGAGCCUAUGGACUGUUCAACGUGAAGACUCUCGUCCUAUCAAGUGUUUUCGUGUUUGAGGUUGGUAGCGCCGUGUGUGGCUCUGCACCUUCUUCCAAUGCAUUGGUCAUCGGUCGAGUCAUCGCAGGUAUUGGUGGGGCAGGAAUGUAUCUUGGAGCCCUGACCUACAUAUCCGCAUUCACCAAGAGAUCAGAAACGCCCUUGUAUAAUGCGCUUAUCGGCCUCAGCUGGGGUGUAGGAUCCAUUCUUGGGCCGGUGGUUGGUGGUGCGCUCUCCGUGAGUAGUGCAACCUGGCGCUGGGCGUUCUAUAUCAAUCUCCCCCUCGCCGCCAUCCUUUCGCCGGUAUAUUUCUUGUUAUUUCCCUCACGCAACCCAAGACCUGAUCUUACUCUGAAAGAGAAGCUGAGCAGAAUCGACUGGGUGGGAGCAAGUCUGAAUGCUGCGGUGUUCGUGCUCUUCAUGGUUGCCCUCAGCUUCGGCGGCUCAACAUAUGCUUGGGACUCGGCAGGAUCCAUAGCCCUCUGGGUAGUGUUCGGGGUUUGUCUGAUUGCAUACAUUUUACAACAAGCUUUCUCGAUUUUUACCACGGACGAGGACCGAAUCUUUCCAGUGCAUUUCCUCAGGUCACGGACACUGGUCUUGCUAUACUUUGCCACUGGAGGUGCGGGCGCAGCUCAAGCUAUCACUCUCUACUACACUCCUCUUUUCUUCCAGUUUACUCGAGGUGAUUCGGCGCUGCGUGCGGCCGUUCGCCUUCUACCUUUCAUCUGCACUUAUAUCUUCUUCGUCAUGGCAGCAGGCGGCUCACUCCCUUUGAUCGGCCGAUACAACCUCUACUACAUUGUUGGAGGGAGCCUUGUUGUCAUCGGCAGCUCGCUGCUAUUUACGAUCGACACAAACAUAUCCAGCGGUAACAUCUAUGGAUACGAAGUUUUGGCCGCAGCAGGUAUUGGUUUAGCCUGGCAGAACGCAUAUUCCGUUGCUACAGUCAAAGUCUCCUCUAUCGAGGAAGUGCCGAAGGCCCUAGGCUUUAUUAACCUUGCACAGAUUGGCACUGUUGCAAUCUCUCUCGCAAUUGGAGGAUCACUAUUUCACAAUUUAGGAUAUCACGAACUCAAACACGCAUUUGCAGAAGCCGGCUAUCACUUCCCCAACGACUAUAUCAGAUCGGCACUAGCAGGCCGUAUAUCUCCUGUUUUCGCCUCCGCCGAUGAAGACAUUAUCCAUAUUGCGAUCGAGGCUGUGGCAGAAACUAUCCGAAAGAUGUUUGGGCAAUCUAUCGCUGCGGGAGCCUUGAUCAUAGUUAGCUCGCUGCUGAUGAAGUUUGAGAAGAUAAGCCUUGGAAUCGCAGCUGCUGGCUAG